CUCGCGACAUCGCGACAUGAUGAUUAUUAAUAUCAUCACGAUUCUGCUAUUUGUGAGAGGAGUUUUUUCCUCCUCGUCCGUUCAAGGAUCAAUAUCAAUACAUAACAAUAUAAUAUCAAUUAAUCUGCAUUCGAGCAAAUUAAGCGAUAAUUUUGAUGAAUUGAUUGAAAAAUUACGAAGAAUAACAAAGCCACAGAUUCAUUUGAUAGUCGAGCUAAGAAGGAAAGUUAUCGAAAUUAAUGGCGAAAUUGAACAGGAUUAUAUCAAGGUAAAUUUUGAUAAUGAAGUUGAAACUAAUUUGAAUAAUCCUACGAAUGUCCUUAACGAAGAGAACGUUUUGCAUCAUCGUAUGAUGAUUUUGCAAAGGAAACAACAUCCUGAUACAUUUAAUCAUUUAUAAAUUUGCACAAAUUAUUUUUUGUAAUUACGAAAAAUUUUUUUAGAAAACUGACUAAUCAUUCUUAAUAAAUGUUCACUUUAUAAAUAAUUAAUUAUUAAAUUUAUUGUGUAGAUCGAUGACAUUGGAGAUAUUUUGCGACGCAUGGCAUUACUGAUGCAAAAACAUGGCAACUAUAAUGAGAGAUUAACU